AUGAAGCCAUGUGCCGCGAAUCCCGCUCCAGCAGCUCCAACAGCUGAGAAUCGCCAAGGCAAAGUCGAUCGAAAGGAGGCGGUUGUCCGGAGUUUAGCCACGGGACUGGUCGAUGGCGUCUCCGAGUGGUGGGGAUUCUCAAAGGAUCGGCACUCCUGCAGUUCUUCACGCGACAAUGUAACUGUCAGCCUGGAUGGGAUGCAUGAGGGGUGGAGGAAUGGAGGGGUUAUUUUGGACUCUGCUCUAUGGGAAGAGAAGGAGAGGUGA